AUGACCAGACGAAACAUCAGCUCAGGUUCCGCCUUCGAGGCACAAAUUGGCUACUCCCGCGCCGUAGUCUCGGACGAUUUCAUAUUUGUUUCUGGCACUACAGGUUACAACUACCAGACUGGCGUCAUCUCCCCCGAUAUCGUUGAGCAGACGGAGCAGACGAUGCAGAACAUCGCUGCCGCCCUCGCCGAGGCCGGCGCCCAGAUCAAGGACGUUGUCCGCGUGCGCUACAUCCUCCCCGACCGCAAUGACUUCCCAAAGACAUGGACCGUGCUGCAAAAGUACUUUGGCGAGGUGAGGCCCGCGGCCACCAUGGUUCAGGCCGGAUUGAUGGAGGAUGCUAUGAAGAUUGAGAUCGAGGUCACAGCCAGGAAGGCUGGUUCUAGCGAGUAG